GGCUAUAUCUCAUUUGUGUUAAGUCCAAAUGAAAAUAAGUUUGUAUGAAAAAAACAGACUUAUUGUGCUAUUCAAAAUAAUAUCUAUUUUAAUUUAUUUUAAAAAAUAAAGUGAGACUUUUAUUAAUUUCCAUACUAUAUGGUACUAUUUGAUGGUAGAUAAGAUUAUACCACGUGGUAUAAUCUUAUGUACUAUCAAGCAUAAUCACAGGAUAUGAACCCAUAAUAAAUAUCUCAAUUUUUUUAUUUUAUAAUAUAUCAAAGUGGACAUAACUAUAUUCUCUCCGAAUAAUAACUCUGUUUUAAUUUCAUUUAGAUAAUAGAAGUAGAACCAUCAUCUUCUAGAAAAGAUACAAUAAAUAUUAGGGGUCUAUCCACCCACAAACUCUCUACCUCCCAUCUACACUAGGCAUGAGCCAUCAAAUGAGCACAUUUAUUUCACUCUCGGCCCAAUUCAUGUAGGAUUAUGUCGAACUCAUUUAGGAUUAGGUCGACCUAAUCUGUUGUUUCAGUGUAAAAACAGUUUCAUGGUGCCUACUUUGGAGAUUCAUAUAUUACAAUUGACUCGAUGGAAAUUGAAGAUUAAUGGCUUGUUUUGAAGCUGGAGUGUACCUCUACACAUUGAAGUGCUUGGGAGCUCGAUAGGAAGUCCAGAAGACCAUUUUUGAAAUUGAUCAAAAGGCUAUGCCAAAACUGGAAAACUGGCUGAAAAUGGCUAAUUUUGGGAACCUGUUUGUGAAGCCUACUUUGGAGCUCAAUUCGAGAAGCAUGGAUGCGAGUCGAGUCCAGGGGCCUCUACCACGUUAAAUUAGGUAUGUUUUUAUACAAAUUCAAGUAAUUGGAUCAAAUAUUGGAUAUCUGUAAGGCUUCAAACAAAAGGGUCAAAAUUGCUACGAAGGCUGUUUUUCUGGCAGCUUGCUUGUGCUCAAAGUCUACCAGAAAAACAUCUUUCGUAGCAACUUCGACCCUUUUGUUUGAAGCCUUACAGAUAUCCAAUAUUUCAUCCAAUGUCUUGACUUUGUAUAAAAACAUACCUAAUUUAACGUGGCAGAGGCCCCUGGACUCGAUUCGCAUCCAUGCUUCUAUAAUUGAGUUCGAAAGUAGGCUUCACAAACACGUUCCCGGACUUGGCCAUUUUCAGGCAGUUUCCAAGUUUUGGCAUAGCCUUUUGAUCAGGUUCAUAAAUGGUGUUCUGGACUUCUUAUUGAGCUCCCAAGUACUUUAAUGUGUAGAGGGACACUUCGGUUUCAAAACAAGCCAUUGAUCUCCAAUUUCCAUCUAGCCAAUUGCAAGAUAUGAAUCUCCAAAGUAGGCACCAUGAAACUAUUUUUACACUGAAACAACAGAUUAGGUCGACCUAAUCCUAUAUGAGGUCGACCAAAACGUGCAUGACAUACAUGUCACUGUAGCCAAGUCCAAAAGUUUAAAUAUAAAAAAUAGCCUAUCAAAUUCAUUUGAAAAAAAAACAAAAAUUGGAUGCAUUCCAUGCAUCAAUAGUAAGUGAAAGGUUACUAAAAUUAUGAACGGUAUUUUAUUUUCCGCUCCCAAUAGUCGGAGCAUAAGUAAUAACUCAUCGGAAAAAAUCUCGACCUUUCCCAACGAAAAUGGCAGCCACCAUCAACUCCAUCUUCUUCAACGACCCUUCUAUCGGCCUCCUCACCUUCACCGCAACAAUAUUCACCGCCUUCCUAAUCACCAUCGUUAUCGUCCGUAAUUCCAAGAAACGUCCGACCACCGUUCCUCUGCCAGGGCCAUGGAAGCUCCCCGUCAUAGGAAACCUCCACCAGCUGGCCAUGAACGGCGGCUACUCCCAACCCCACCGCCGCCUCAGCGAGCUGGCGCGGCAGUACGGUGCCGCUGACGUCAUGAGCCUCCAGCUGGGAGAGCUCCCACACGUCGUCGUUUCGACGCCCGAGGCCGCGAGACAGGUGAUGAAGACCCACGAUCUGGCGUUCGCCUCCAGGCCUGCCAUCUUCGCGCCUUACAUCCUCUACGGCGGCGGCUACAACGACAUCGCCUUCGCUCCCUACGGCGAGCACUGGCGCCAGCUCCGCAAGAUCUGCACCGUCGAGCUUCUCAGCGCCAAGCGGGUCCAGUCGUUUCGCUGGAUAAGGGAGGAGGAGGUCGCCAAACUUGUGGUGCGCCUCCGGGAAGCUGCGGUGGAGCUAGGGGGUCGGAGUAAAUACGCAGAUCUCCUAAAUAAUAAUAAUAAUAAUAGUGACGAGGGCGUGGAUCUGAGUCGGAUGGUGGGGGAAAUGACGGGCUUCGUGGCUGCCAGGGCAGCCUUCGGCACCAUUCGAGGCCUGAACCAGGCGUUGCUUACCAUCGUUGAAACUAUUUCAGAUGUUGUAGCGGGUUUCAGAAUCUCAGAUUUAUAUCCUUCUCUUACAUUUCUUCCCGCUCUUACUGGGUUCAAAGGGAAACUUGAAAAAAUGCAUCAAGAGGCAGAUUCCAUACUGGACGCCAUUAUCCAUGAGAGGAAAUCACAGAGACAAAUCGACCAUAAAGACUACCUCAUUGAUGUUCUCUUGAAUUUUGACCCCAGCCAGCUGAGAUUCCCCUUGACCAUGAAAGUCAUCAAAGCAGUCAUUUUGGAAAUGCUACUCGGCGGCAAUGACACAUCGUCCAAAAUAGUCGAAUGGACGAUGUCCGAAUUGAUUAAGCACCCAAAAGUGAUGCAAAAUGUGCAAGAUGAGGUCAAACAAGCGUUCGGUGAGAAAGGAAACGUCGAGGAAGCAAGUCUGCAUCAGUUGAAGUAUUUGGAUUGCGUUAUCAAGGAGACUUUGAGACUGCAUCCUCCGGGUCCUCUGCUUCUUCCCAGAGAGAACGACGAGAAGAUGGAACUUUGUGGGUACGAGAUUCCCGCAAAAACCAAACUGUUCGUGAAUGCUUGGGCCAUCGGUCGGGAUCCUCGUUAUUGGGAUAAAGCAGAGGAAUUUUACCCUGAAAGGUUCAUCGGGAGCUCGACUGACUACAAGGGGAACGAUUUUCACUUCAUCCCAUUUGGUGCAGGGAGAAGGAUGUGUCCCGGAUACGAUUUCGGAAUGGAAGUUGUUAAGCUUACUCUGGCAAAUUUGCUCUAUCAUUUUCGUUGGGAACUCCCGGGCGAUUUGAAACCGGAGAGCCUCGACAUGACAGAGUGUUUUGGCGCGUCUGUUGGAAGAAAAUAUGCUCUACGUGUGAUUCCAGUUCCCGUACAAUGAGAUGCUAGCUUGAAGAAAAGGAAGAAGCAUGAAUGAACUAUGCAUUAGACA